UUAUUUUCAUUAGGAACCGAUCGCGAACAGCUAAUCUUGCAAGCAAACCGUACAGAAUAUCCAUAGUAGUCACUUGUCGUCGCGGUAAUUUGUUGACAGUAUUACCCAACAUGCCAUUAUGUCACGUUAUCGAUUGGUGGCCAAGAAAAUGUUAAAAUAACAACCUGGCCAUAUUGAAAAUCCUGUACGCGUGGAGUUCCUUGACGUCUUUACAAAGAACUGCAUCACACAAGCCAAUAUUCACAGAACUGCUUAGAAGAUUACAACUUCCAAGACUGUAUUUGAUUCCAAGUAAAGAUUCAUCCAGCAAAAUGAGUGGAUCAACAGGAAAGAUGCAAACACAAAUAGCUGGGAGUAGUUCCAGUGGAAAGGAUCUUCCUACCAUUAAAACACCAGAGGUGCCAUUGGACUCAUUUGAUCUGGACACAAUGGAACAGGAAGGGGCCUAUUACAGGCAGUCACAACAACUACAGGCAGCCUAUGCUAGAUCUCACUUGGAGCACAUGUGUAAACUUGACAUUGACUCUGAGCCACAUGAGGUCAGAAUGAGUGGCAUCAUUUGUACCAUAGGUCCAGCUUGUGUGGCAGUUCCCACUCUUCAGAAGAUGAUGAUUGAAGGAAUGAAUGUAGCUCGUCUCAACUUCUCACAUGGAACGUACGAGUAUCAUGGUCAGACAAUCAAGAACAUCCGAGAGGCCGUUAGUAAGUUCAGUCAUCCAAGACCAGUAGCCAUCGCCCUGGAUACCAAAGGUCCAGAAAUCAGAACAGGAUUACUAGAAGGGGGAGCCAGUGCUGAGGUUACCUUAAAGACAGGGAACCAGAUUAAACUGACAACAGAUGAAAAGUUUUAUGAAAAAUGUAGUGUAGAUCUCCUGUAUGUUGAUUACAAAAAUAUCACCAAAGUUAUGGAGGUUGGAGGUCGUAUCUUCAUAGAUGAUGGUCUUAUAUCUGUUGUCGUUAAAGAGAAAGGUGCUGACUGGUUGCUAUGUGAUAUAGAGAACGGAGGUGACCUUGGCAGUAAGAAAGGAUGUAAUUUACCUGGAACACCUGUUGAUUUACCUGCUGUUUCUGACAAAGACAAAAAGGAUCUUCAGUUUGGUGUGGACCAAGGGGUAGACAUGGUAUUUGCUUCAUUUAUAAGAAGUGCAUCUCAUAUCAAAGAAAUCCGUGAUCUUCUGGGAGACAAGGGAAAACAUAUCAGGAUCAUCGCUAAAAUAGAAAACCAUGAAGGAGUGGCUAAAUUUGAUGAGAUAUUAGAUGCAGUAGAUGGUAUUAUGGUUGCCAGAGGAGAUUUGGGAAUAGAAAUCCCCCCAGAAAAAGUAUUCUUAGCACAGAAAAUGAUGAUUGGUCGAUGUAAUAGGGCAGGAAAACCAGUUAUAUGUGCCACUCAGAUGUUAGAAAGUAUGGUUAAGAAACCUCGUCCCACCAGAGCAGAGACGAGUGAUGUAGCCAAUGCUGUUCUAGAUGGAGCUGAUUGUGUCAUGUUGUCAGGGGAGACAGCAAAGGGAGAUUAUCCUUUAGAAGCUGUCAAAAUAAUGCACAAGAUUUGUAGAGAGGCUGAAUCAGCAGUAUUUCACACCCAGUUGUUUGAGGAGUUGAGGAAGCACACCCCUACACCAACAGAACCUACCCACACUGUGGCUAUAGCUGCUGUAGAAGCCUCAUUUAAAUGUAUGGCUGCUGCUAUUAUUGUUAUUACAACUUCUGGAAGAUCUGCUCACUUGAUAUCUGCCUAUCGUCCACGUUGUCCUAUACUUGCCAUUACAAGAAAUGCCCAGACAGCACGGCAAGGUCAUCUGUGGAGAGGAGUGUUCCCUAUACAUUAUAACGAAUCUGUUAUGAGUGAAUGGACAGCAGAUGUUGAUCGUAGAAUCUAUAUGGGUAUCAACGUAGGAAUGCACAGAGGGUUCAUCAAUCCAGGAGAUUCAGUUGUCAUAGUAACAGGCUGGAAACCAGGCUCUGGCUCGACCAAUACAAUGAGAGUGAUUAAUUGUCAGGAUACCAAACAGAAGGACAUGUUAGAACCAAUCACAGGAGUAUCUAGUGUACCUAGCUUCAAUAAGAUCACAUCAGGGGAGUCUCUGAAGAGUCUGAGUAUGUCAGAAGGAAGCUCCAAGUCUAUAGACGGAGAUGUCAAGUUCUUCUAAAGUUGUAUUCCCUGACAUUUGGUUAACGGCUACAUGGUUAUGUACAUGGACAUUGUUAUUUAUUAACGAGUAGUUUUCUGCGACUGUUUUUUUGUUGAUUUUUGAUUGGAUUAUAGUCAUGUGACAGUUAUGUUGAUCAUACGCUCCCAGUACUAAAUUAUAACAGAUUAAUAAUGCUGACACAUCAUAUUUUCUAAUGAUCAAGUCUUAUUAUUAAUGACAUGGAAACCAUACAAAUUUUAUUUUAUUUUUCUGAGAGAGAAAAAUCAGCAUUAGCUUAUUUUUAAUACACAUGAUACAAUGGUUUGCUUUUGAGAUCCAACUUUGCUUUUUUUAAAUACAAAAUAAUAUUCAAAGAGGAAUUUAAGUUUAAUAAGAUAUUUCAAUGAUGAAGAAAAAAACAUAAGUCAAAUUUGAAAGGUUUUUUGAAGCACCAAAUGCAUGUACUUAUAAAAGUUGUGAGGGUAACUUAAUUCAUUUUUCUGAGAGAGAAAAAAAGAGGGGGUGUAUAGCAUAUAGAUGUUUUUAUGGGUGUCUUUAAAACUUUAUGUGAUUUUCUAUCCAGUAAAACAAAUUUUAAACUGUUAAAUUGAGAUAUUGCAUAAUAUUUAUUUGUUAUAAAUACAUUGAAUUUCAAUAUAGAAUCUUGUGGUCAACACAUUUUCUGGCAUGGUUCUUUAAUAUCAAUCCUGGUCUUCAGAAUUCAGGUCAAGAUUAAUACUCGGUUACACAACAGUUACUGCCCCUAAGUAGUGAAGAAUGUUAUUUUUAUGUUAAGCAGCCAUUUUCAUGAGAUUUUACGAUUUUGAUGGUUGUUUUAAAAAAAAAAACGCCUGAUCUAAUUUUUAUUUUAUUUUUUUGCCACAGGCCUAUAUGCUUUUUUCAACUGACAUUCCUUUGCUAUUUUAACCGUAUUAUGAAUGACACAUGAUUACUGAAUGCCCUGAUUGCAUCACUUUGUUAUUGAAUUUGUUAUGUGUAUAAGUAUAUGAAAGCCCCCUCCCCCAAAAGAGAAAAAAAUAACCAAAAAAAAACCAACAACAACAGAAAAACAUUAAAUAAUGAUAGAAUAAUCAGUUGAUUUCAUUUACAAAAGCAUAAUGAAGUGUAUUGGUGCAUGAUUUUUAUAGUUGUCAGAACUUUAAUUUAUAUAUAUUGUUGUUUGAAACUUUUGUUUAAGACUUAGUAAGAAUUUUUAAGUAACAACACUUAUUAAGUUAUAGUUUGUUUUGUAAAGCUUAAAUCAUGCCUGAAUAUAGUGCUGUGAGUCCUCUCCACAUUUUGAUAUUUUAUGUUGUAUUAGAUAAUAAAGUGCUAUUUGUUGUUA